AGUGUCAUGUCCGCGCUCCUUCUUCUGGGCGGGACCGUCUCCUCCUCACAGACUUCCUACUGCCGAGUCCUAGCUGGAGACGGUCACUGGAGCUGCGCGGUGUCUGUAGGUGUAAACAAUGAGUUAUCCUGGUUAUCCUCCAAUGGGUGGCUUUCCCCCUAUUCCUACAGGCAGUAACCUAUGGGGUGCACCCAGUAACCAACCUCCCAUUGGAUUGGAUAUGCAGACAGGCUUCUCUCAGCAGUAUAAUCCACAGCAAUAUAUGACAGGAGCAGGUUUUCCAUAUGGAGGAAUGGACCCUUCCCAAGCAGUGUAUCCACCAGCAAGUGGUGGUUAUCCACCUCCACAAGCACCUAUGUAUGGGGCACCACAGCAACCUCAAGUGCCUGGUUUUGGUAUGUACCCUUCUCUAGGGGGUGGACCUCAACCAGGGUUUAAUACAGGAUACCCAGGCCAGCUUCCCGGACAACCACUUCCAACACCAGGACAGCCACCAAUGAUGGCACCAGGGCAGCCACCAAUGAUGGCACCAGGACAACCACCAAUGAUGGCACCAGGACAACCACCAAUGUUGGCACCAGGGCAGCCACCAAUGCCAGCACCAGGUCAGCCACCAAUGACAUUCCCUGGCCAGCAACCAAUACCAAGUUAUCAUCAGGCUCCAGCAGUGAACCCCUCCAUGCCGCAGUAUCCAUCACUACCCUCAGGAACACCUAGUAUUUCAUCAACAAUGGCAAGGAAACGAGGUACGAUUACUGAUGCACCAAACUUUGAUCCACUCAGAGAUGCUGAAGUUCUCAGAAAGGCCAUGAAAGGAUUUGGAACCGAUGAAAAGGCCAUCAUUGAAUGCCUGGGUAGCCGGUCUAGCAAGCAGAGGCAGCAAAUCAGUUUAUCCUUCAAAACAGCUUACGGGAAGGAUUUGAUAAAGGACCUGAAGUCUGAACUUUCUGGGAACUUUGAGAAAACAAUUUUAGCAAUGAUGAAAUCGCCAGUCGUGUAUGACGCCUAUGAAAUCCAUGAUGCCAUUAAAGGUGCUGGCACAGAUGAGGAAUGUCUCAUUGAGAUCCUAGCAUCUAGGCCAAAUGCAGAAAUUCUGGAAAUCAACAGAGUGUAUAAAGCAGAGUUUAAGAAGACGCUGGAACAAUCUCUGAAGAGUGACACAUCUGGACACUUCCAAAGACUGCUCAUUUCCCUUAGUCAGGGGAACAGAGAUGAGAGUGCCCAUGUAGAUAUGUCACUGGUCCAGCGUGAUGUACAGGAGUUGUAUGCAGCUGGAGAGAAUCGUCUGGGAACAGAUGAGUCCAAGUUCAAUGCCAUCUUGUGUUCACGCAGUAGGGCACACCUUAAUGCUGUUUUCUCCGAGUACCAGAGAAUGUGCAACCGGGACUUGGAGAAGAGUAUCUGCCGUGAAAUGUCCGGGGAUCUGGAGAGAGGCAUGCUAGCAGUGGUAAAAUGCCUUAAAAACACCUCAGCUUUCUUUGCGGAACGUCUCUACAAAGCAAUGAAGGGUGCUGGAACAAAAGACAAGACUCUGAUCCGUAUCAUGGUGUCUCGGAGUGAAGUGGAUCUGCUAGAUAUACGUCAGGAAUACAAAAGAAUGUAUGGCAGAUCUCUAUACACAGAUAUCACGAGUGACACAUCUGGAGACUACAAGAAGAUCCUGCUGAAGCUUUGUGGUGGCAAUGACUGAGCGGUGUUCCUACCUUCUGACUCAAGGACUCAUCUAUGUUUUUGUCUCUUAUUUUCUAUGCUUAGAUGCAUCAUGAACUCACUGCCCAGGAUUCUAAUAUAAAACCCUGGACAUUUAGCUCCUCAGUGGUAGCUUGCACCUCUACAUGAUCUGUAUAUAGUCGUUUUAAAGAAAAGCACAAUCCACAAUUCCUUUUACUCUGUUUCCUCUUAUGGGUCCAUUCACACAUCCGUGUGUGUUUUGCGGAUCCACAGAUCCGCAAAACACGGACAGCGGCAAUGUGCGUUCUGUGUUUUGCGGACCGCACAUUGCUGGCACUAAGAGAAUAUGCCUAUUCUUGUCCGCUAUUGCAGACAAGAAUAGGACAUGUUCUAUUUUUUUCAGGAUCGGAAUUGCGGACCCGGAAGCGCGGAUCUGCAAUUCCAGAUUUGCGGCCCCGUAGAAAUGGAUGGGUCUGCAAUUCCGUUCCGCAAAAUGCAGAAUGGAAUUGCGGAUGUGUGAAUGGAGCCUAUUAGGUUGUGUUCUGGUUCAGAUAAAUUUUUUUAUUAUAUAUGUGAAAGGCAGGGGUCUCUGCUACAGUAUGUAUUGGCAAAUCUCAACUUUGCUGAAACCCUCUUUUUCCCCAAGAGGUUUGGUUCCGCAUUAAAUAUUUUACUGUAUGCAUGUGCUUUUUGUAAGUAGAACAUCUUUCUGGUGACUACAACAUAGACCCAGAAUUGAAUAUGAUUGUGCCAUGUAUGCUUGGAGAACAGAGGGGUGGUCUGGGAUAGUACUUUUUAAUUCAAUAAAGGCUAAGUUCACACCACCGGUACUGAUCCAGCAUGUCAGUUUUAGUUAAUACUUUUAUUUUCCUGAAAUAAUUCUGAAGCACUUUUCUUAGAAGUUCAGUAUUCUUCCAUUCCCCUGUUAUUCCUCUUAAAUAUUCAUUAAUAAAUUAAUAACUAGGUGUUAAAAAUUCUCUUGCCAAAGAGUAUGUACCUACACAGUUUUUCAUGGCCAGUACUGAUUGCACGGUGUCAGACUAUGUAGGGACACACACUAACUGCUAAUACCAAGUUGUCAAUUUAUUGAUAAAUUCCCAGCAGGAAUAAUAGGAGCAGCAUACUGCAGAGUUGUAAGAAAAGAUGCGCAAGACUUGUGUGGAGAAUACAAGUAUUUCCUAAAAAGAAGACCUGUCAAGAGAAGUGACAGGUCCUUGUUAAAUGGAAUGUCUUUUAAAAAGAUCCCACCCUUCUUGCAGUGUAUGAAAGCACUGGAGUGGUGCUUGUAAGUUCAUCGCCUCCCUUAUGAUCAGGAGAAAGGGUUUUGACAUUUAAUGCAACUCAUUCUUUAUGAAAAGGCGGGUAAAUAUGAAAAAGUCCCUUUGGACAUUUUGUUGUCUCAUGAAUAGAUGUAUAUGAGCUGCAAAAUAUUUGCUUUGAAGUGUGCUAGAGUGAUAAGUGAGAGUGACAUAAUAAAGUGUACCAGGGAUCAUAAUCUAUCAAAGAAUAUUGUUAAAAUAAAAACAGCCUUUGUCAAACAAACCUGCAAUGAAAUUUGUGUGUAAUGGGAAUUUCACUUGGUGAUCCGCUAGCCUGACCAGAAAUACUAAUAUUUCAUAUUUUAGAAUUGGUCUAACAUGUUUUCAAGAUAUUAUAUUGUGCCUAUAUUAUGUCUUUAUGUUUAAAAUUUAUAUAUCUACAGAUGUUUACAGAUAUUUCAUGUGUGAUUAAAUAUGUACUAUUCAAAUUCUG